AUGGGAUCUUCAGGUUACUACCCCUAUGAGCCCAGCACGACAGGUGCUACAAUUGCAAUGCUAUUAUUCGGAGCCAGUGCAUUUGUCCACCUUUGGCAAAUGAUAAAGACAAGAACCUGGUUUUUCACCGCUUUUCUCAUCGGUGCUUUCAUGAUGACCCUGGGCUAUAUCUUCCGGUUGAUUUCCGCACGCAGCUUGGAUAGCCUUAUCCCCUACAUCUGCCAGUCCAUGUUCAUUAUUCUCCCACCAUCGCUAUACGCUGCCACAAUCUACAUGACCUACGGUAGAAUUGUCAUGUUUGUCGGUCAACCUCAUCUAUCCAUCGUGGCACCUCGAAAAGUGACCAAAAUAUUUGUAUUGGGAGACACCACUGCGUUCCUCCUACAGCUAAGUGGUGGUGGUAUGCAGACCAUAAAUAGUAUGCGCAGUCUAGGAGAGAAGAUUCUGGUUGUUGGGCUGAUUAUCCAACUGAUAUUUUUUGGAUUCUUCCUCUACGUCGCUGUUGCCUUCCAGCAUCGGUUGCGCAAGGCGAAUCUCAAUUUGAUCGGUGGUCCAUGGCGUCGCCUUUUACAUAUCUUGUUCCUCGUUUCGGCACUGGUUAUUGGGCGAUGUGUUUUUCGCAUCAUAGAGUACGUCGGCGGAACAAAUGGAUAUGUGAACUCGCAUGAGUUUUGCAUGUACAUUUUCGACGCGAUUCCAAUGUUCAUCGUACAGGCAAUCUUUCACCUCUUUCAUCCAGGCAAAAUCCUUGUAGGCAAGGGUCCUGUUGUUGAUGACUAUGUGAACCUUCAAGAUGCUUGA